AUGAAAUUAGGAGUGGAGUUAGAUGGCAGCAAUAAUAAACCAGACGUUAGCGAUACAAAUUAUGUAGACAAUGAUAAAAAAUUGGAUAAAAAUAAAAAAUUUUACAAUUUAAACAUGGAUAAAAUACCAUGCAAAAGUACUUUUAGUAAUAAUGAGAAUAAUUCUAAUGAUUAUGAACAUAAUAAUUUUAAAGAAAAUAAUUUUAAUUAUAAUGGACGUAACACUCGUAGGGAAAAUUUUGAUUUUAAGAAGAGGAAUUAUAAUGAUUUUAGGCCUAAUGAUAGUGCUAGCCGAAACUAUCAAAACAAUAUUUUUCGAGACAGUGAGGGUAACUCUAAAAAUUUUCGUAAUAACCAAUCUUCGAAUAACAAUUCAAACUAUUACGGAAGAAACUCCAUAUGGCACAACAACAAUAAUGCAAACAAUUAUGAUAGAAACAAUGCCUGGCAAUACAAUAACAAUUCAAACAAUUAUAAUAGAGGUACUUGGCAAAACAAUAAUUAUAAUGGGAGAAACAAUUCCUGGUCUUACAACAAUCAAAGAAAUCAGAGUCAAUAUAAUAAUCUAUAUGGUUAUCAAUAUCAAUCCUACAAUAACAACAAUAAUGGAGAAAAUAAUAUGUGGAAAAAUUAUAAUCAAAAUAUUAAUCAAAGAAAACCAUUACAAUAUAAUGACAUGAAUCAAAGUAACAUCAAUUGUAACAUGAACAUUGAAGAGAUUGUUGAAGAAAAAAAUAACCCUACACAAAAUAAUAAUGGUAGUGAUUUUAAUAUCAACAAUUUAACUGAGUUUAAACUUAAUGAUAAUGCGUUCAUGACUACUUUAAAAGUAAAUGAUGCUGCUGUUACUAUGCAGGUUGAUACGGGAUCCAAGUUCACAAUUAUACCUCAUGAUAUGGCUAAACAAAUAGGUAUUAAAGAUCUUAAAAAGUCCACUCUACAACUCACAGCAUAUGAUGGAAACUUAAUCAAAAUUAUUGGCUUCACUUAA